AUGGGUAAAGGUCCAUUGGAGCGGAAGCUCCAGUUUGAGAAGAAGAACACGGAUCUUGUCAAGCUACCAAAAUAUGCCAAAGUUGAAAAGCGCCCUAUCCCUCAUGCUCCUGUCGCCUCUCCCUACGCAGGUACAUCAGUACCAAAGUUUGUCUAUGUCUCAACAGGCACACCUUUCAUGAGCGCCGUGAAGCGCGUCCAGAAACUCCUCCGACACGCCGAGAAGCGUGCGACAGCCAACAUCGACCUUGAAGACACGCGCAAAACAGAACAGCAGAAGCUUGCAGAGCUGGCCAAAAUUUCAGACAAGCGAGAAGAAGUCUUUGUGAAGGCUACAGGGCGGGCAAUCGAGAAGGUGCUCAAGUUGGGCAAAUGGUUCGAGGAGAAGGACACUGAGUAUGCUGUCCGAUUAACUACCGGCAGCGUGCUUGUGGUGGAUGAUGUUGUUGAGGACGAAGAAAAGAAGGAGUUGGAGAUGCAGAAACAGCAGCGCUCGUCCAAAGCCGAGUCAGGUCCCGAAAAGCAGGAUCAGGAAACAUCUAAGGCCGCUGUGAAGAAACGAAAGCGUCAGACCCCCGAUGUGCCCGAUGAUGCUGAACUUCCUGAGACGCGCACACGAUGGAUCAAAAUGGUUGAAGUUGCCGUGAGUCUCAAGUGA